AUGCGAAUGGCGGCAUUUACUAAGAAGAAGAAGCAGCAGCAGCAGAAAUUGGCAAAAAUGCGUACAGGCUUUGCCAACUCUUCAGCACCAGGCUCCAAUAGCAAUAGAGAUCUGAAUGGUCUUGGCACGACCGGGCAGCCUAUGUCAUCAACAGGCCGCGCCAGUAGUUCAGCUGUAUCCCAAUCGAGCAGUACGUCGAAAACAGAGGCUGUGACGUUUCCUGAAAAAUUGAAAAUCCUACUGGAAAACGAUAAUCGUCUGGUGGAAGGAGGCCUCAAAAUGCCGAAACUACCCGCCCGAGUCAGCGUUUCGAGAAUCUUCGAUGAAAUCUUUUUCGAUCUUCUUAUUGAAUCCGAUUUAUUGUAUCCGAUUGAGAAAACGCGCUAUUUGAGUCUCACGAAAAGCCCGGCAAACGUCAUUCGUUCCAUUGAUAUAACAGGUAUAUUCCAGCCGGUCCCGAUACCAGAGAAAUUUUGCUUGCUUUUGCGCAAUCACUUACUCGCUAUAUGGGAAGAAACUGCGAAAAAUUCUUUGAUCCAGAAAACGAUUACGAGCCGGUUCCUGGAAAGUCGUAACGGUCUUGGCCGAUGUGCCAAGAAAGCACUGCAGUACUUAUUUGCUUUGGAUAUUUUUCUCGUCAUGUCAUGCAAAUUUUAG